GGUUUACAGGCCGAAAAACGCAACUUCGAUUCCUACAGUACAACAGUGAACACCCUGUUUAAAAUGUUUCCCACCCAGUCCAUCCUCAUAGAGCCAAGCCCUGGUCAUUGUAGAACUUGUGCUGUGGUGGGAAAUUCUGGUAAUUUGCUGGGAUCACAUUAUGGACCUCUGAUAGAUUUCAAUGAUGUCAUCAUAAGAAUGAACAAUGGCCCUACCAAAGGUUAUGAAGCAGAUGUUGGGAAAAGAACAACUCAUCAUAUUGUAUAUCCAGAGAGUGCCUCGGACUUAGAUAACACCACUCAUCUUGUGUUGGUUCCAUUCAAGAUACAGGACCUUGAAUGGCUCAUUAAAGCCCUCACUACAGGAUUUUUUGGAACGUCAUACAUGCCAGUAAAAUCAAAGAUCAAAGCUAACAAGGAUCUGGUGAUGGUGGUCAAUCCAGCGUUCAUGAGAUAUGUUCAUGACACAUGGCUGGAGAAAAAGGGCAGGUAUCCAUCCACUGGCUUUAUGACUUUGGUUAUUGCCCUGCAUAUUUGUGAUGAGGUCCAUGUGUUUGGUUAUGGAGCAGACAAAGAUGGAAACUGGAGUCAUUACUUGGAAAAACUACAAGACCGAAAGUUAAAAACAGGAGUACAUCCUGGAGGUCAUGAGUAUUCAAUUAUCCAGCAGCUAGCUGAGCAACAAAAAACUCAAGUUUUAUACUGGAUGGUGAUCAUCUGUCAACAUUAA